AUGAAGUUAUCCAUAUCGGCCAUCGCUGCCACCGUCCAGCUCUGCGCGGGUUAUGUCGCCCAGCCUCGCAGUAACGAUGCGAAAUGCGACAGCACCACUGUCGCCAUUCUAGGAGGCGGAAUGGCCGGUAUCACAGCAGCGCAAGCGUUGACCAACGCCUCGAUACACGAUUUUGUUAUUCUUGAAUAUCGCGACGAGAUCGGAGGUCGUGUUCGAAAAACAAAUUUCGGAAAGCAGGAGAAUGGCGAUCCGUUCGUGAUUGAAUUCGGUGCCAACUGGCUGCAAGGAGUGGGAUCCGAGACCACUGAGAACCCAGUGUGGACUUUGGCCAAAAAAUACGACCUCAUCAACCACUAUUCGAAUUAUAGCUCGAUUCGCACCUACAAUGAGACUGGCGCGGUCGACUAUACCCAUCUCCUCGACGAGUAUGAGGACAAGUAUGAACUUGCCGCACAGGAGGCUGGUACGAUCUUGACCCAGAACCUCCAGGACAUGACUGCGCGUAGUGGUCUUUCGCUGGCUGGAUGGAAGCCCUCUAAGAGCGACAUGGCAGCUCAAGCCGUGGAAUGGUGGGAAUGGGACUGGGAGGAUGCUUUCUCCCCCGAAACCAGCUCGUUCGUCUUUGGCGCUGCUGGAGAAAACCUCACCUUCAACCAAUUCGGCGAAGACAACAACCUCGUCAUGGACCCGCGUGGAUACGCGCAAAUCAUCAAGGGCGAAGCAUCCACCUUUCUAGAAGAAAAUGACAACCGUCUCCGUCUCAACACGCAGAUCACCGACGUAGAGUACAAUGACAACGGUGUCACUAUCCACAACAGCGACGGCAGCUGCGUCUCGGCCGCCUACGCCAUCUGCACCUUUUCCCUCGGUGUCCUCCAGAGCGAGGCUGUGAAGUUCCAGCCUGAGCUGCCGCACUGGAAACAAACCGCCAUCGAAAAAUUCAACAUGGGCACCUACACCAAGAUCUUCAUGCAGUUCGACGAAACCUUCUGGCCAACAGACACGGAGUACUUCCUCUACGCCUCGCCCACCCGAAGAGGAUACUACCCCGUCUGGCAAUCCCUCUCGACAGAAGGCUUCCUCCCAGGCUCCAACAUCAUCUUCGUCACCGUCGUCUCGGAAGAAGCAUACCGCGUCGAGCGCCAGUCCAACGAAGAAACAAAGCAGGAAAUGCUCGAGGUCCUCCGCGAGAUGUUCCCGGACGUCGACGUCCCCGAACCAACAGCCUUCAUCUACCCGCGCUGGACCGAAGAACCCUGGGCCCACGGUAGCUACUCCAACUGGCCCGCUGGCACCACGCUCGAGAUGCACCAGAAUUUGCGCGCGAACGCCGAUCGUCUCUGGUUCGCCGGUGAGGCCACCAGCGCCCCGUACUUUGGUUUCUUGCAUGGUGCGUGGUUUGAAGGGCGUGAUGCGGGUGAGCAGGUCGCUGCUCUGCUGCAGGAUCGCUGUGCGAAUCUCGAGGGGAGUGAGUCUUGUGGAGCACGCGAUCAUUAUAAUCCUUUGCAUGGCACGUCGCCGGUCGAUGACUAUACUAUUGCCAAUGGGUGGCCGGUUAGUAGUAUUGAUGGAAGCAGUACUUCGUCUUCUGAAUAG